UUCGCUCCGAAUUCUUGCUGGGGAUGUUCCGUGUAUUGUUGCUCAGGUUCUUUGUUCAAUAGAAUGACUGCGCAAACGCUGUUGGCCAUCUGCGCCGCCAUGAUAAUGAUGGCUGGCAUAAACAACGCAGAAGAACCUUCCCAAUUUAUCCCGCCAUCUGAACCCUGCAGACCAGACAUGGCGGCAUGCGAAUACUGGCUGCACGUGGUGGUGGCGCUGACGAAUGUCGACGACAAAAAGAUGACGAUACCUUUAAACGGUCAAAUGUUCUACUACUCGUCCAAAAAUAACUACACCGGGGCGAAGCCUGUGAAUGACGUCAUCGCUGCGGACGGAUUCCCAAAUUCCCGGAUAUUGUAUGUUGUGAACGGAUCCUUCCCCGGACCGACACUGACUGUCUACUCAGGUCAAAACAUCACAGUGCAUAUUGUCAACCGUCUACUGGACGUAGCGAUUUCCAUGCAUUUUCACGGCAUUCACCAGCGUGGGACUCCUUUCGCUGACGGCGUUGGGUACGUCUCACAGUGCCCAAUCAACCCAGGGCAAACCUUCUCCCACAACUUCAAAAUCUUCCAACCUAGCGGCACCUACUUCUACCAUGGUCAUGUGGGCACACAGCGCACAAUGGGAAUGUACGGGGCUUUCAUCAUUAAAAACAAACCGGUCCCGAAUACCGCGGAAUCUGCAGAACAUUUGUUGAUGCUUCAAGACUACAACCAUGAUUGGACCUCGGAGAUGAUGUUCUACAAGUUUCUCUACGGGACGUACCAGGGUACGACCAAGAUCAGCAGCACUCGUAGCCUUGAUGGGGGGAAGUUCCAUCGGUUCUAUUAUCAAUCGGGCCUCAUCAACGGUCGCGGGCGGUAUCAUGACCCAACGAAGCCGAACUCCAACAACGGCGCGCCCUUGACGAAGUUCAAGGUCAAGAAGGGAAGCAAGUACAGAUUCCGUGUGAUCGGUGCAGGAGCGAUGUUCCCUUUUAGGGUCUCUGUUGAUGGACACGAGCUGCUUGUUGUUGCUACGGACGGAUUCGAUGUAGAUCCAGUUGCAGUUGAAUCCUUCAUCAUCAACCCGGGAGAGAGGUUUGACGUCAUGCUGGAAGCAAACCAAACGGCGAAAAACUUUAUGAUCCGGGCAGAGACCUUAGAAGUUGGCUUCGAGCACAUCGCAGAAGCCAUCUUGAACUACGAGGGCAUCGAUCCCCUUUUGGAACCAACGACAUCACGACGAAAAUGUACUGCAAGCAAACCAUGCAAGGUCCUGAAUUGCCCGUUUAAAUAUUACCCACAAGGAUCGAACACAGAGUGCAUGUUAAUUGAUCAACUUCGUGGGCAAGAAGGAGAUGCACCAAAAGCUAGCAGUUCCAGUUACAAGGAAUUCUUCUUGAAUUUCGCCUUGCCGGGGACGAAGACUUGGACACCUGGCUCAGUGAAUGGUCGAGCUUUCAAGCAUCCUACGGUCAGUGCACUCACGCAGAUGGACGAGAUGCAGUGGGGGUGCGACCCGACGAAGUGCGGCAUAGGAAAGGUAUGUUCCUGCACCUACCACGUUGACAUUGAGUACGGGGACACAGUCCAGAUGGUUUUCGUGAACAUGGGCGCCGGGAAGGGCUGGGGACACCCGAUACACUUGCACGGUCACAGCUUCUACGUGGUGAAAAUGGGAUACGCGCAGUACAACUCUACAACUGGAGAAAUCACAGGGGACAACUUGGACAUCAACUGUAAUGGCAAUCCGAAUCGCGAGAAGUCGUACUGUAACGCUGCGACCUGGGCCAAUAGCUCGUGGGUGGGGGACAAUAUCCCUGGUUUGAACCUGAAGAACGCCCCUCUCAAGGACACCAUCAUCCUUCCGUCCAGUAGCUAUGUGAUCAUCCGCUUCAAGGCCGACAACCCCGGUGUAUGGAUCAUGCAUUGCCAUAUCGAGAUGCAUAACCUGGAUGGGAUGACGAUGUUAGUGAGAGAAGCCAAGGACAUGAUCCCCAAACCUCCCAAAGAUUUUCCGACAUGCAGGAACUUCAAGUAUGGCGGGGUCUACGGGUAUGGAGGGCAGGGCGGAUCCGCAGAGAGAGAAAAGCAAGAUAAAUUUAACUACCGUGUUGCAUUCUGGGCAUGCGUCGGAGUUAUCGUAUGCCUCGUUCUCAUUUUCAUCGUGAUCGCCGUCGUCUGUUGCUGCCGCCAGAAACAAGAACCUAAGCGUCCCCAAUCGAGUAACAAUUUGAAUUUGUCAGGUAAUGACGGCUUGACUGGUGAUGACGAAAACAGAUAUGAUAGUAUCGAUGAAAAGCUGUAACAAUCGGCGUUCAAAGAAGAUUGUGAUGAUCGGGAGUUCUCUGGAGCAAGGAAUCCGUAUCUUCCCUUUUGGGCAAAGAUAACUGCUUUCAAAGGACAUUAUGCACCGGUCAAUGAAUUAACCUGAACUUACUGGUCAGGGGCAGGUAUAAUUUGAUUAGGAGAGUCACUUGCUAUUAGGUCAUUACUUAGAUUUUGGAACGAGCUCUUUUCUUUUGGUACACUACGUAGUGUGCCUUUGCCUUUACUUUAACCAAAGAACAUAGAUGUCAUUGUCGAUCAUGCGUUGCGUGCUAGGCGUAUUAGUAUCCGGAGACGGAUCUCUUAGGAUUCAGGAUGUUUACCUACGACACGAUGAAAGUACAUGUAGUAUAAAUAUGUAUUUUAGAAGGUCUCGUCGAGAUUACCACCCACAGGUAGUUCAGUACAUGAACAAAAAGGCCGAUUCUGAAUAUUCCUUUCAAGUUAGAUGUCAUAUGCACAUGGUCGCUUUCAAUAUGUCCAAUUUGGACAGACAAGGAAUGGAAUGACCAAGUUGUCAGAUGGUCUUGAUGUCAUGUUCCCACGGUUUGUUGCGAUUUCGCAGUGAUCAAUCAACUGGUCUUAGACCAGUGCAUCUGGAGUAUAUUCUCAAUCAUAUUCUCAAUCAUGAAAAGACUGUUAAAAUACUAAAUAUAAAACUAGCACGAAAAUAACCAUGAUGAAUAGAUCAGACGAUAAGCAACUGCGUUCCAUUUCAUCCACUUUUUGUUUGAGACAAAUAAAUGCUGAUUCAGCAUCUUCCAGUCUG